AUGGCGCUGGUAGACUACUCGUCGUCCGACUCCGAGCCCGAGGCCGGCGGCCAGGACGCGACCCCCCCCGCGGGGCCGGCAGCGAAGCGCCGGAAGACCUGCCACUAUAGCGACGCUGACGCGCUCCCGCCCCUCCCCGCCGCCUUCCACGACCUGUACGCGUCGACGGUGCGCGUCAGCGUCGCCGACGACCCGGCCCUGCACCAGGGGCGGCGGCGCGUGAACCCGCACAAGGCGGGCAGCUGGCCGAGCCACCUGUACAUCGAGUGGCACCCCACGGCCGCGCAGCUCGCGACGCUCGGCGCGCUCCUCGCCGCGCUGCGGCCCGCGCUCGGGCUGCCGCUGACCUCGUUCCUGACGUCGGAGCUGGGCGCGCCGCAGCCGCUGCACGUGAGCCUGUCGCGGCCGAUCGCGCUGGCCACGGCGCACAAGGACGCCUUCCUCGAGCGGCUGCGCGCCCGCGUCCAGCGCGCCGCGCCGCCGUUCGACCUCGCCCCCGUCGCGCUCGCGUGGCACCGCGCGCGCGACUCCGAGCGCUCGUUCCUCGUGCUGCGCGUCGCCAGCGCCUCCUCUUCCUCCUCUUCCCCCCUCUCCUCCUCCUCCUCUUUCUCUUUCUCCUCCUCCUCCUCCUCCCCGCCCCCCAAGAACCCGGAGCUCGCGCGCCUGCUCCGCCACUGCAACGCCCUCGUCGCCGAGUUCCAGCAGCCGCCGCUGUACGCCGGCGCGGACGCGGACGCGGACGCCCCCGACGACGCGUUCCACGUGUCGAUCGCGUGGUCGUUCGCCGCGCCCACGCCCGAGGUCCGGCGCCGCACGCAGGAGGUCUUUGCUGCGCCGGCCGAGGCCGCCGCCGCCGCCGUCUCGCCCCUGCGCGACGCCGUCCUCGCCAUGCGCGUCCCCGUCCGCGGCCUCAAGGCCAAGAUCGGCAACGUCGUCACCCACAUCGCGCUGCCCGCGCCGGGGGCCGCGAGCGCGGGCAGCGCGGGCAGCGCCGCCGCCGCCGCCGUCGUGGUCGGCGGCGCCGGUGACGGCGGCAGGCUCCUGCUCGGCGGGUGA